UUGUAAUUCACCGGAAGUCAACGUGUUCAAUGGCGACCUCCGUCAACAUGCUGUUACUCGGCAUCGUGUUUUUUGUCGUAUGCACGCUCAGUAGGGCUGCUGACGAUGAAAAAUGUCAAUCAUUCGCUGGUGGAAGUGUUUUCCCCCAAGAAACGAGACGAACGUCAGGUCACGCGAUUCAGUGGAGCCAAGCUGUCAUUUCCAAGCCAGCUCCAGACUUUAAUGGAACAGCCGUCAUCAAAGGUGAAUUCAAGGACAUCAAAUUGACCGACUACAAAGGGAAAUACUUGGUCUUUUUCUUCUACCCACUUGACUUUACUUUUGUGUGCCCUACUGAAAUCAUUGCAUUCAGUGACAGAGUUGGAGAGUUUAAGAAGAUCAACACGGAAGUCAUCGCAUGCUCUGUCGACUCUCAGUUCACUCACCUAGCCUGGAUCAACACUGCAAGAGCCAAAGGAGGCCUGGGACCAUUAAACAUCCCCCUCCUAUCGGACAUCACACAUGAGAUCUCCAAGGCUUAUGGGGUGUAUCUACAGGACUUAGGACAUAGUCUCAGAGGAUUAUUCAUCAUGUAUACUGACAGUACAAAUGUCAUGUUGUUUAAAUUUUUAGAGGAUUAUUUAUCAUGUAUACUGACUCGAAUAUCACAUUUCUUUUUCAGAGGAUUAUUCAUCAUUGAUCCCAAAGGAAUUCUACGUCAGAUCACCAUGAAUGAUCUUCCUGUCGGUAGGUCAGUGGAUGAGACACUACGAUUGGUCCAAGCUUUCCAAUAUACAGACACCCACGGUGAAGUCUGCCCCGCAGGCUGGAAGCCGGGAAGUGACACCAUAAUCCCGGAUCCAAAAGAAUCUCAGAAGUAUUUUAGCAAGCUGAAUGAUAAUUGAUCAAAAUACUAAAAUUUCUGCUGGUGAGGGAAGCCUCCUGUAUUUCAUGUAAAGGUUUUUCUUUUAUUGAGGGCACAAAUAGAUCAAGUUUAUUUUAUGAAAAUAUUUACAAAAAUAUUGAAGUUAUGUUCUGUAAGGACCGCCCUCUUUCUUCAUCUGUCACCUUUAACUUUGUUAACAAGUAUUGGAGGGGAUCUCUAUGUAUGUGUUGUUGAUUUAAAGCUGCAUGUAUUGUCUUAAUGAUAAAUACAUGUCUAGUCAGGGGACUAUUACACAAUUACAAUUAUAAUUCUAUCCUCGUUAUCAUCACCUGAACACUACUCAGAUUUUAGAGAAAAUUUUAUUUGUUUAAAAAAAAAAGACGUACAUUAUAAACACAUAGAUUGACAAGAAAAAAAAUUUUGGAGUAAAAGUCUAGUAAAUGUAUCCUUGCAAAUAAAAACAUGUACACUUUCUUCACUGAUUUCGGAAUCUCCACUGCAGCUAUGAAUGAUGAAAAAAAUUACAUUAUUUCCAAAAUUUGAUUACAAUGGUAGAUAUUUUUUGUGAAAUAGCCCAUAGAUGUUGUACAAGAUGCCCUGCCUUUCUCUAGUCUCAGUUUAAUACUUGUAUUGCUUAUUUUGUUUAGCGACGUUAAUUAAUUGUUAGCGUUUACAUUCAGUCAAUUUCCUAUGUCACUAUUUACUGAUGUGAAAUUCUUUUCAAGACCGUCUAUAUGAAUUCAGACAUUUGUCUUUGACUAUCAAGUUGAAGUAAGGCUGAUUUGAAAUAGAUUAAUUUUUUUAGUCACAUUUAAGAUGUUCAUAAUAUUGAAAUGAGAAUGAAUUUCUCCAAAAUUUUGUAUCAUUUACUCGGUUCACAGAUUUACAAAUUUUGUGUGAUAUUAUAAGUGACGGAAAUUUUCUCCACUGGCAUUAAAAGAAAUUUUUGUGGACAAGGGUAUAAUAGACUAAAGUGCAAUGCUCUUUUAUAUAAUAUAGAUGACAAUUUAAUACACUGUCGUACUGCUAUUACUUCAGUCUCUUCGUUUAUCUCUGUGUAUGAAAUCCAUUAGAUUCAAUCACAUGAUGUGUAUAGUAUAUCAAUAUAUAUGUGAUAGUUAUCAGAUGUUGUUCAAUGUUUCCUGCGUCAGAUAUUGUGACCUAAUGUUGAAAAUGUAUUUUGAAAAAACGAAAGUUUUAUUUUGGUUGACAUGACUACGUGCACUUUAAUUUAUGGUUUGUACUUUACGCUGUAGUGGGGGGAGUUUUCCCUAUUUUAUUUUCGGGCUGAAGAUCGUUUUUCCAAGGUGCUAUGGCUAAAUUGAUACCUUUCUCAGUGUAUAGUACAUUUAUACUGUUGGUGAUGGAGGUACUGAAUGGUAGAAAUCUGUUGUAGGUAGGCUCUGUAUACAUGUUGUAUAAUCCUACACUGUAUUUGGUAACUUUCUUUGAUCGUUGCUUGUAUAAAUGUGUGCCCUCUACAAUUAGUAUUGUAUGAACUAUUUUUCCUUUUAAUCAUAAUUCAUGUCGUAUAAUCUCGAGAGACGUAGAUGUAAAUUGCGGAUACUUUCUAGAUCGAGAUUCAUGCACAUUAUGUGCGAAUUUUGUAGAUUAAAAUUACAUGUAGCCUGUAUGUGGAAUUUUACAACUGGAACAAUAAAACAUUUCUACAUUUGAAGUAAAAACAAUGCAUGUAGGCCUAUACGUUCAUUCUGCAUCAUGACAUGAGGAGGUUUACUUUUAAAGUUGUGUAAUAUUGUCAUAUCACGAAAUUAUUUUAUUUCAGUUGUUUUUAUUUUAUUGGUUUAAAAAGAAUUAUCCAUUUUACAGUGAAAUGUUUUUCAAGUAAAAACAAUGAUGUAAAAUUAGCUGUGCAGAUUAAAUGACCCUAAAGCAUUUGUAUCUCAUGUUAAAUAAAGGGAUGUGACCCCUAUAUAUUAUUUAUGACACUGUUAAUUGAAUCUAAAGACUUUCCAGAUUGUAAAAAAUUUCUAGAGAUAUUGUAAGACAUGUCUGACUUUUUAUCUAGUAUAUGAUGUUUGUGUUGUUCAAAUUCAAUCACAUAUUUGUUCUCUACUGAAUGCAUUGUUUUGGAAGGGGUAUAAAUGUGUUGUAAACAAGUAAAAGUGUGGCAAACACUCAGGUGCUUCUGAGAUGUGAAAAAUAAAAGUUAUUUGGAGUUA